CUAAAUACAACGGGAAGUAACAAGAGGAAUUUCAAUUUUAGCGGGCAUUUUGGUUGUUGUUGAAAAGUUGAACAAGAAGAAAGAGUAUAAAUCGCACAGAAAAUGCAAAGUGUUGGCAGUAUACAUGAAGGUUUUGGAAGUCAACAGAAUGAUUAUACCUCUCCCAAGAAGAAAAAGAAAGUUUGUGAAGUGGAGAAAGACAAGUUACCAUUUGAAGUACAAGAAGAGAUAGAAUGUCUGUAUGAAUUUGUACCAGAAGUUCAGCAACAUUUUGUAGUCACAAACAAAAUUGGAGAAGGUACAUUUAGUUCAGUAUUUCUGGCCAAACUAAAACAUUAUCCAGACGUGGAUCAGUUGUUUGCUCUUAAGCAUAUCAUACCAACUAGUCAUCCUAGCAGAAUAGAAGGAGAACUACAAUGUCUACAGGAAAUAGGGGGCUGUGACAAUGUCAUGGGUGUAGAGUUAUGUAUCAGACAGAGAGAUCAUGUUGUAAUUGUAAUGCCAUAUUUUCCACAUGAAAAGUUUCAGGACUACAUGUUGACAAUGUCAUUGUUAGAGGUCCAAGCCUAUAUGAAGAAUUUAUUGGUUUCAUUAAGAAGAGUUCAUCAAUUUAACAUCAUACACAGAGAUGUCAAACCCAGUAACUUCUUAUACAAUAGUUCAACUAAACAGUAUGCCUUAGUUGAUUUUGGUUUGGCUCAUAAAGCACCUGCACCAAAAGAUAAAACUGGUACAGAGACCAUAUCACCUCUCCUGCCAUCCAAAACAGUAGAGUCACAAGAAAACCAGAACAUGAAAAACAUCCAGCAACCAGAAAAUACCAGUCUUAAGCCACAGUUUGACAAACAGAGACAUCCAGAUCGUAUGUUAGUUAGAAAAUCUAAAUCACCAAGGAGGUUACUGUUAGCAAAGAGAGCAUUGAUGGUAAAAGAGAAAGAAAUACUACGAUCUAAGGGAGAGAACUCUAGGAGUCCUAGUAUAUCUACAUGUCAGUGUUAUGGUCAGCCCACUGUUUGUACAAUAUGCACAUCCAGAAGUAACCAACAAGCACCCAGAGCAGGUACACCAGGAUUUAGAGCACCAGAAGUUCUCAUUAAAUGUCCUCACCAGACCACAGCUGUAGAUAUAUGGUCAGCUGGUGUUAUAUUUCUGUGUUUACUCAGUGGGAGAUAUCCAUUCUUCAGGGCUAAUGAUGACAUGACAGCGUUAGCACAAAUAAUCAGUAUUUUUGGAAGUGAGGAUGUGAAAAAAUCUGCAGUAACUUAUGGUAAACAGUUAUUAUGUAAUCCGACCACACCAGCAUUAGACCUUAAAACAAUGUGUUACAAAUUACGAUCUGGAGCUCAGUGUAAACAAAGUAAGACAACUCCAUGGACAAACGUAUCAGAUUCUGCCUUCGACUUGUUACGGAAACUACUUGAUCUUAAUCCUCAUACUAGAAUAAGUGCAGAGGAGGCAUUGAAACAUUCAUUUUUCACGGAGAAGUGGGACUGAUCUGUUGUUUACUCGCUCAAAUGUCAGAAGAGUUAAAGUAAAGUUAUAAAUGUGCCAAUACAUCUAUUUAAUCAUAAUCAUUACUUCUUAUGUCUGUUUCUUAUCUUGUAUUUAUCUUUUUCAUAAACAUUUUAUUUUUUGUAUGUUUAAGUUUAACAAAAAGAUCCUGCUUUUCUGUAUUGUAAUGCUCAUACUGUCAUUUUUUUUUGCAUUGAUAAAAGAAUUGCAUACAUGUCAUAAUUGAACAAUUGCAGUUUUGAUAUGUGAGCUACAUCUGAUGUAUAUCUACCUUAUGCAAGUGUUACUGUUCAAGUACAAGACUUGAUUGAUUUUGAAAAAUUCUAAAUACGAAAUAAAA